GUCAAAUGAAGGUGAAAGUUUUGGUCGGCGAAUUGCAUAGCGCACGCUUGUUUCUGUUAUUGUUGUAUUUUUGAUCAAUUUUUAACAGAAAUACUAACUCAAAACCCUCCCCGACAAUCUCCCAAAACUGCCCGUGAAGCUGUGGAAAUGAGUUUCAAGUAUGAAUGUGCCGACUUCUCGCAAUUUCAGGAACAGCUGAAAAAGAUGCGCGAUCUUGAUGACAAAAUUAUCUACGCCCUCAACACAUCCAUACCGACGGAAUCGUUCAAAGGUCAGGUGGAUGCUGAAGCAAAGUGUCGUGAUCUGCACGGUCAGCUUGAGUCAGGCUACAACCACCGGCAGGAUGCGAUAAAGAAGUGUAUCGUCGUGUGUGCCGAUACGGUCAAAACGCUCAAAGACAGACGGGAGGAAAAUAAGGAUGACAUUGCACUGAAUAAGCAGUUCAAGACGGAACAGCGCAAACUACGAUUACUGCAAGCGGAGCUCAGCGUGGAGGAUAUUAUUCGGGAAAGAACGCAGAAAACGUUUCGUGAGCGUUGUAGGCUAUUUUUCCGUUUCGAUUCACUUUAA